CAUGCAUGUUGCUUGUUUUGUUUUGAACUAAAAGUUUUGAAAAAAUAUAGAAAAGGUGUUUGUUAACUGUUUUUUUCCAAAUGUGUAGGACUCCCGUUUUGGAAUCAGAAUGAGGCGUAGCUUAGCUCCAAGCCAGGUUGGUGCGGGAGAUAGUGUUUUUAAAAGUCCAUUGCUUAAUUCAACAAAACGAAAAAAGCGAGAAUGUGCAAGAAUACCACUGGCACAAAAAUCAGCGUCCCAGACUCUCUCCACGUCCGACCACGAAAACCUCAUCAAACAAAUCUUGUGUAAGCCUUUCAAAGUACCUAUUCCUAAUUACGUAUCCUCUUACUGCAGUAAAAGCUUAGGCUUAAAGAGAACUCAACUUCGAAGAGCUUUACACGAUCCUGAUGAACCGAAUGCACUGGUACUGUUCCUCCCAAAGAGUAUACCAGAGCAUGAAAAGAUGAAAAUGAACCCAAAUGACAUAGAAGUUGCAGUUGUUGUUGAUCCAGUAUUAGGCAACAUCUUACGACCGCAUCAGAGAGAUGGAGUCAAGUUCAUGUACGACUGUGUAACAGGAAAACAAAUUGAGAACACAUAUGGUUGUAUAAUGGCUGACGAAAUGGGUUUAGGGAAAACACUACAGUGUAUCACUCUUCUAUGGACCCUCCUCAGACAAGGACCUAACUGCAAACCUACAAUCAGCAAAGCAAUAAUCGUAUGCCCUAGUAGUUUAGUGAAAAAUUGGUAUAAUGAAAUACAAAAAUGGCUCGGUCAAAGGAUAAAUUCAUUACCAAUGGAUGGUGGUUCGAAAGCAGAGAUAACAUUAAAAUUGCAGCAGUUUAUGAACACAUUUGCAGCGAUAAGGGUUGCCACACCUGUGUUAAUUAUAUCCUAUGAAACAUUCAGGAUAUAUUCUAAAAUUUUGCAUUCAUCAGAAGUGGGUUUGGUCCUGUGUGAUGAGGGACACAGAUUAAAAAACAGUGAGAAUCAAACAUACCAAGCAUUAAUGGGGCUAAAGGCUAAAAGAAGGAUACUUAUAUCUGGCACACCUAUACAGAAUGAUUUGACAGAAUACUUCAGUCUUGUUCAUUUUGUAAAUGAAGGCAUCCUGGGCACUGCGCAGGAUUUCAAGAAAAGAUAUGAAAAUCCAAUUCUUAAAGGCCAAGACGCAUUAGCUACAGGCCAAGAGAGAGAAAAGGCACAAGAAUGCUUACUAACUCUCACAUCAAUAGUAAAUAAGUGCAUGAUACGUCGAACUAGCAGUCUACUGACAAAAUACUUGCCGGUCAAGUUUGAACAGGUUAUUUGUGUAAAAAUGACGCCACUGCAAACACAGAUAUACAAAAACUUCAUUAAUUCUGAUGCUAUAAGAAAUAAAUUUGCUGGAACUGGUGAAAAGAAUACUCUCAGUGCUCUAUCUGGUAUAACAACACUAAAGAAGCUAUGCAACCACCCAGACUUGGUGUAUGAAAAAAUUAUUGAGAGAUCAGAAGGCUUUGAAAAAGCAAGAGACUUAUUACCUAGUAAUUAUGACAUCAAGGAUGUUAGACCUGAAUAUUCCGGAAAACUAAUGAUUCUUGAUUGCAUAUUGGCAAAUUUGAAAACAAAUACAGAUGACAAGAUUGUCCUUGUAUCAAAUUACACUCAGACUCUCGAUUUAUUUGAGAAAUUAUGUCAUAAGAGAUGUUACCAAUAUGUGAGACUGGAUGGAUCUAUGACAAUUAAGAAGAGAGCUAAAGUUGUAGAAAGCUUCAACAAUAAGGAUUCCAAAGAAUGGAUCUUUAUGUUGAGUUCAAAAGCUGGAGGUUGUGGGCUGAAUCUCAUUGGUGCUAACCGGUUAAUUAUGUUUGACCCAGAUUGGAAUCCUGCAAAUGAUGACCAAGCAAUGGCUAGAGUAUGGCGUGAUGGACAAAAGAAGCCAUGCUACAUUUACAGACUUCUUGCGACUGGUACAAUAGAAGAGAAGAUAUUCCAAAGACAAGCACACAAAAAGGCAUUAAGUGACACUGUGGUGGAUCAGAAUGAGGAAUCUCUUAGACAUUUUACAUCUGAUGACUUAAAAGACUUGUUUAGAUUGGAAGAAAACACUUUAUCUGAUACCCACUGUAAAUUUAGGUGUAAGAGAUGUGUUAAUAAUAUACAGGUUACCCUACCUCCCGAGAACUCGGACUGUACAUCAGAUUUAUCAAAUUGGUACCACUGUGCAGACAAGAAAAAUUUAGCGGAUCUUGUUUUAAAACAAUGCUGGGAUCUGGCUAAAAGUAUAUCUUUUGUAUUCCAUCACAGAUCAGCUAAGACUGAAGCGCAGAAGGAAAAUCAGGAAGAAGAAAAGGAGAAUGUUCAGGAAAGGAAGAAAAGGAAAGUAGAAAUUGAUGAGGAUUAUUCAGAGCCUGAUGAUAGUGCUGAUGAGGAUUAUGAAUAAACACACUCUUUAUAUUGCUAUGAUACGAAAAAGAUUAUGGUCAUUAUAAAUAAAUCUAUAGGAUUAGAUGAAAUAUUACCAAACUAA